GAUUAGCCGGUCCACUCAGCGGUGAUAACACAGUAGUUAGGUGCAUCUUUCCGCCCUAGAUCACUGCCCCCGUAAACAUCAAGCGCUUCUUCCCGAUCGAUCUGCGACUCUUCUGAGAUUCUCGAAAAAAACAGCGGAAGAAGAUGGUGAAGGUGUUGACAUACUUUGGGAUGACAUUGGCUGCUUUCGCCUUCUGGCAGUCCAUGGACAAAGUUCAUGUCUGGAUCGCUCUUCACCAAGACGAGAAGCAAGAAAGAAUGGAGAAGGAAGCGGAGGUAAAGCGGGUUAGAGCAGAGUUGCUGCGGAGAGCUAGAGAGGAGGAUCCUCUUGCCUGAUCAUAAUUUUUGUUGGCUUUCUAAUCAAAUAUCAAUUCCCUACUCCCCAUCACAUUUGUUUUUCACUGUUUUGGACCAAAAUCGAGUUUGCAUAACAUAUAUGCUUUUGAAUUUGUGAUGAUCAUGAAUAAUAUAGCCUUCUUCGUUGUUCUUCUAACCUAAUGAAAAAACUACUGGAGAAGUAUCUCGCUCUUCCGUUGUCUUCCCCAACCUUGUAUCAUGGAUUCUGUCUGUAAUUCUUGCUCUGCCUUUGUCUUCCUCAACUUUGAAUCACU